GCUAAUCUGCAGUCGGUAAGCGGCUCAAUCGGAGCAUUCAAAAGGCGGAGUUCAUCUAUGCUCCGUGGUGGGUUUCAGGCUGCCAUAGCAUUCUUGCAGUUUGAAACUGGUCAUCAUCGCGAUGAACGAUACUUUUCAGAUUGUCUGCGCUUUGCUUGUCGCAUUAGCUGGCUUGGCUUUCGUCCGAUGGAGGUUCGACCCACUUUACUCCGUCCCAACAAUCGGCCCAUCCGUGCCUUUUCUCUCAUACCUAGGAGCAUACAGAUACUGCCGACAUGCCCCCGAGGUUCUACAAGAAGGUUACAGCAGGUACAAAGUGUUUAAGGUGGCCAUGGUCGAUCGUUGGCUCGUCGUUGUCAGUGGUUCGGACAUGAACGACGAAUUGCGCAAAGUCCCGGAUUCACACAUGAGUUUCGAGGAAGCGGCCCGGGAGUUCAUCCAAACUAAGUAUACCAUCGCGCCGGAUGCGGACAAGUAUCCGAUUCACAUUGCGGUCAUUCGCGGUCCGCUAACGCGCAAUCUGGGGGUUGUGUUCGCGGAUGUCGUCGACGAAGUUCAGGCCGCAUUCAAAGAGGUGCUCCCUGUUGAAGGCGAUGAAUGGAUAGCUGUUCCCGUCAUUCGUUCCAUGGCGGAGAUCGUGGCUCGUGCGACAAAUCGGGUGUUCGUUGGUCUUCCAUUUUGCCGGAACGAGGAAUACCUCAACACCGUUGUCAAUUUCGCGUUCGACGUCAGCAAAGGGCGGAUGAUCCUCUCGUAUGUUCCUCAGCUGUUCAAAGGCAUUGUCGGCAGUAUGCUCCCGUGGUCCAAAAGAGCAAUCAACAAAGUAGGAGUCUUCAUAAAGCCGAUCAUCGAGGAGCGCCUGCGCAAUUUGCGAGAGCAUGGAGACGCAUGGGCCGACAAACCCAACGACUAUCUGAUGUGGUUGAUGGACGCAGCGAAGAAAACGGGCGGAUCGCCCGAUGUCGUCGUCUCGGCGAUGCUGGUCUCCAACUUCGCAGCUAUUCAUACCUCCAGCAAUAGCAUUACCCACGCCAUUUACCACCUAGCUGCGAACCCAGAAUACACGCAGCCGAUGAGAGAGGAAAUUGAGGCAGUCGUCAAGGAAGAGGGAUGGUCAAAAGUCGCCGUCGGCAAGAUGUGGAAAUUAGAUAGUUUCAUGCGGGAGUCGCAGCGGAUCAAUGGUAUAGUCUCCAUCGCCGUGAUGCGUAAAGUCCUCCAAGACUACACGCUCUCUGAUGGGACCUAUGUUCCCGCGGGCACUCUCGUCGCCGGGGCAGCUCUCGCUACCCACUAUGACGAGAAGCACUAUGAACGCGCAGGCGUAUUCGAGCCGUUCCGAUUUUCAGAUAUGCGCGCGGAGGAGAGCGAGCGGAUAAAGCAUCAGUUCGUUAGCACGUCCCCUGAAUACAUCCCCUUCGGCCAUGGGAAACAUGCCUGCCCUGGACGAUUUUUCGCAGCGAACGAACUGAAGCUUAUGAUGGCACACAUCAUUCUCAAUUACGAUGUGAAGUUGGAAGGUACGACGACUCGACCAGCUAAUUGGACGUUGUGGCAUAGCGUUUUGCCCGCGCGCGAUGCAAGGGUGUUGUUCAGGAAGCGACAAGCUAUCAUUACAGCUUGAACCACAGAGAUGAGCAGAACCGUCUUGGAGGAGUGUCAUUUUCAGUCAGAGGUUGGACAUCUGGUGGAUGAAAUGAUAUGGAGGACAUCUAGCUUAGCAGAUGGCGCUAGGAAGCUCAAGAGAACGUGUAUCUCUCUUGUAUCUCUUGACCAAAGAGUCGUAAACACGAUUCCUCGCCGUCAAGAUUAUCUCCGAGAAUCCUUGCGACGUCCGAGUUGGUGGUAAAUAGAAUCACAUAGCAUGAGAGAAAUAAAGUGAUAUGCAUGGAGG